AUGGGUUGUAUUCAGACGAAAACUAACUCCCCAAGUCAUGACCUUCAAGUCCUUGACAAGUUGAAACGCGACAACGGCUAUGUCAAGGGGAGGACUGGAGGAAGACCCGUUACCCAAAAACAAUCGAGGAAGGAGAUUAAGCCGGUGUCCAAUGGGGAGGAUAAGAUUGCUGAUGGUGGUAGAACCGGUGGAGCUGGAGGAGGAGGAGGAGAAGGUUUAGUUGUUAGAGAGAAAGAGAGAGGUAAGAACGGUGGGAAUGUUUCGGGAAGGAUGACGUUGGAGAAGAUUGGAGGAGAUGAUGAUGAUAUUGUGGAUGGCUGGCCAAAGUGGCUGGUUGAGAAUGUGCCUCAAGAUGUCUUGGCUGGUUUCGUUCCAAAGACUGCUGACUCCUAUGAUAAACUUGCUAAGGUAGGGCAGGGAACCUACAGCAAUGUGUACAAAGCUCGUGACAGGGACACCAAAAAGAUUGUUGCUUUGAAAAAAGUCCGGUUUGACACAUCAGAGCCAGAGAGUGUCAAGUUUAUGGCGAGGGAGAUAACGAUGCUACAGAAGCUAGAUCAUCCCAAUAUCAUCAAGCUUGAAGGGGUAGCUACAUCAAGAAUGCAGUAUAGUCUAUAUCUCGUCUUUGAUUUCAUGCAGUCCGACUUGACUAGAGUAAUCUCACGUCCUGGAAAGAGGCUCACUGAACCCCAGGUCAAGUGCUAUAUGCAGCAGCUUCUUGCUGGUCUCCAGCACUGCCAUGAAAACGGGAUUUUACACCGAGACAUUAAAGCUUCCAACUUGCUAAUAGACAGAAAUGGGAUGUUGAAAAUUGCAGAUUUUGGGCUUGCAAAUUUUUUCCCUCCGAAGAAACGUCCUCUUACAAGCCGAGUUGUGACACUGUGGUACAGAGCGCCAGAGCUCUUGUUAGGUUCUACAGAUUAUGGAGUUGGUAUUGAUCUUUGGAGUGCAGGAUGCCUGUUGGCAGAGAUGUUUGUUGGGAGGCCAGUUAUGCCUGGGAGGACCGAGGUUGAGCAACUUCAUAAGAUCUUCAAGCUUUGUGGUUUACCCGGAGAGGAUUACUGGAAGAAAAUGAAGUUACCAACAAGCUUCCGACCACCACAACAUUACAAACCUAGUUAUGAAGAAUUCUUCAGGGACUUCUCAAGUUCAUCAUUUGAUCUCUCAACAACACUUCUUGCUCUGGACCCGGCAUCUCGUGGCAGUGCUGCUUCUGCUCUCCGAAGUCAAUUUUUUAGUUCGAGUCCGUUGGCAUGUGACCUUUCAGCUCUACCAGUAAUGUAUAAAGAUAAGGACGAACGCACUCACACCAAGGAUCCGAAGAAGAGGACUUCCAAACCAAAGCAACUGUCUCAAACAAAUCGCGGACUGGUUCAGAGAAAGGUUCAAGAGGUCAGAGGAGGAUUUGAAUCUUCCAAUGAAUUUUCGCAGCUGGAAAAGAAGGCGGAACCAAACAUGUACCGGCAAGUAAUGGGAAGUUUGCACAGCCAGGAUAUGGGAAGCAUCCAUAGCGAAACGGGAAGCAUGCAUAGCCAAGACCAAGACCAAGAGACAGGCAACAGUGCAAGCAGCAGCACUUCCUCCUAUACUUUCAACACAAGCGGAAGAAGAAACAGCAUAUAUGACAACUUGCAUGCAUCUCUUUCUCCAAUAAUUCGGUCUCACCAAAAACGGUUCCCAACCACCGAGGGUCAUCCUAAUGCUUUGAAGAACAUCAAUCCCGAUAUUCUUAAGAACAUCAACAACUUCGCGCUCUUGCAGGCCUCGAUAAAAGAUAUCAUCAACCAUACUGAAGGCAGUGCACUGUCUCAGUUCCGCAGAUCUCAUUCAACAUUGGACUUCCGAAACAUUGAUCUGGACAAGAUGUGA